AUGGGGGCCCCCCGGGAGCGCCGCGAGGUUCUGGCCGCCAUCCGGGCCGAGGUGGCCCGGCACGAGGGGGCCAAGGGCCACCUGGACCGGCUGGUGCGGCUCGUGGAGACCGUGCCCGAACCCCGACUGCGCGGGAGCCUGAGCAGCGCCCUCAGGGCCCUCCGAGAGGCCUUAGUGAACAGCCAGGAGUGGACCCUGGGCCGCUCUAUCCCUGAGAUCCGCCUGGGCGUCCUGGGCAGCAGCAAGAGCGGGAAGUCAGCGCUCGUGCACCGGUUCCUCACCGGCUCCUAUGUGGGCCUGGAGCCCACGGAGAGUGGUCAGUUCAAGCGGGAGGUGACGGUCGAUGGCCAGAGCCACCUCCUGCUCAUCCGGGAGGAGGCCGGCGCCCCGGACGCGCAGUUUGCCAGCUGGGCGGACGCCGUCAUCUUCGUCUUUAGCCUGGAGAGCGAGAGCAGCUUCGAGGAGGUGGAGCAGCUGCACGCGCUGCUCAGCGACCUCCGCGGCACCAGCGACGUGGCCCUGGCGCUGGUGGGCACCCAGGACAAGAUCAGCUCGUCCAGCCCGCGAGCGGUGGAGGACGCGCGCGCCCGGGCGCUCUGCGGGGACAUGCGGCGCUGCCUCUACUACGAGACCUGCGCCACCUACGGCCUCAACGUGGACCGGGUCUUCACCGAGGUGGCCCAGAAGGCCGUGGCGCUGAAGAAGCAGCAGCAGCUGAUGGCGUCCUGCAAGUCCCUGCCCAGCUCCCCGAGCCACUCCGCUGCCUCCACCCCCGUGGGGGGUGUCCACCCUGGCCAGACCAGCAAUGGUGGCCACACCAGCGACUACUCGUCCUCACUGCCGUCCACCCCCAACGUGAGCCACCGGGAGCUGCGCAGCGAGACCCCGGCCCCGCUGGGCACGCCCAGCUCGCUGCACCGCGGGGCCAAGCGCCGCACCAGCCUCUUCGCCACGCGCCGUGGCAGCGACUCCGAGAAGCGCAGCCUGGACAGCCGAGGCGAGGUGGCCGGCAGUGGCCGUGCCAUCCCCAUCAAGCAGAGCUUCCUGCUGAAGCGCAGCGGCAACUCCCUGAACAAGGAGUGGAAGAAGAAAUACGUGACCCUGUCCAGCAACGGCCUCCUCUUCUACCACCCCAGCAUCAACGACUACAUCCACAGCACCCACGGGAAGGAGAUGGAUCUGCUCCGCACCACGGUCAAGGUGCCCGGGAAGCGCCCGCCCCGCGCCAUCUCUGCCUGCGGCCCGUCGGCCAGCAUCAACGGGCUGCUGCGGGACCCUGAGCCGGGCACCCUUUCUGACCCGAGUGGUUCUGAUGGACUUGGUGACCUGUCCCCCCUGUCCUUCGAGGCCGUGUCCAGCCCUGGCAGUGCGGGCAGGGACCCUCCACCGUCACCGCUGGUGGACAGGAAGAAGCACCGGCGGAAGAAGCUGAUGACGCCGUCCAAGACCGAGGGCUCGGGUGGGCAGGCAGAAGAGGAGGAGAACUUUGAGUUUCUGAUCGUGUCAAGCACGGGGCAGACGUGGCACUUCGAGGCUGGCAGCUUCGAGGAGCGCGACGCGUGGGUCCAGGCCAUCGAGAGCCAGAUCCUGGCCAGCCUGCAGUGCUGCGAGAGCAGCAAGAACAAGGCGCGCAUGGACAGCCAGAGUGAGGCCGUGGCCAUCCAGGCCAUCCGCAACGCCCGCGGGAACUCACUCUGCGUGGACUGCGGGGCACCCAACCCCACGUGGGCCAGCCUGAACCUGGGCGCCCUGAUCUGCAUCGAGUGCUCGGGCAUCCACCGCAACCUGGGCACGCACGUGUCGCGCGUGCGCUCGCUGGACCUGGACGAUUGGCCCCGGGAGCUGACCCUGGUGCUCACGGCCAUCGGCAACGCCACGGCCAACAGCAUCUGGGAGCAGAACCCGCGCGGCCGCUGCAAGCCCACCCACGAGUCCUCCCGGGAGGAGAGGGAAUCGUGGAUUCGUGCCAAGUACGAGCAGAGGCUGUUCCUGGCACCGCUGCCCGCGGCCGAAGCGCCGCUGGCCGAGCGGCUGCUGGGGGCGGUGCGUGAGCAGGACCUGCCCGCGGUGCUGCUGCUGCUGGCCCACAGCCACAAGGACCAGCUCAACGUGGCCAUGGCGGACACGGACCGGCGCACGGCGCUGCACCUGGCCUGUGACACCGCCCAGGUGGUCGUCACCCAGCUGCUGGUGUGGUACGGGGCCGAUGUGCGGGCACGGGAUGGCCACGGCCGCACCGCGCUGUUCUACGCCCGCCGCGCCGGCAGCCGCGAGUGCGCCGACAUCCUGCUGCAGCACGGCUGUCCCGGAGAGGGGCCCGGCAGCCCCUCGACCCCCGGCAGCCCCCCGACCCCCGGCCCCCCGACCCCCGGCGGCCCCCCGACCCCCGGGCCCCGCCGCCGCAGCAGCUGUGCCAGCGUGGGCCCCUGCGAGCCCCGGUCCGCCCUCGUAUAG